AUGCGAGAAUCUGUUGAGCCCGAAGAUGAAGCCAUAAGUGGAGAAGACGAAGCCAGUGGAUGCGAGACGGGCGUUUCUUGACAUCCGUGUGUGAUUAAAUACAUUAAGGCAAGUUUAGCCCAACUCAAAAGUUUGGGUCAAACAAUUACUCGAACUAUUAACGAAGAAAAGAACGCAAACCCAAAUCAGAAAAAUAGUUUUGGCCACGAUUCUGGAAUGCGUUUGUCGAUUAUCACAGAUGAAAUCACACAAGUCGAAUGGGUUUCUCUUGUGUGUGAAAUUCAAGACUCCGAAAUCAUUAGUGAGGCUAGUGAAAUGAAAAAAUCGGAGACUGAACUUUUCCUGAAAAUUGUCGACGAAUCAUUCGCUAAAAACGGGUCUAUCGAAAAGCAGUGGAUUAUGCAAAAUGCUCCAAAGACGAAUGUUUCGAGUUUAUUGCACACCGAAAGUUUUUUGAACACGUUAGUCGCGGAAAAGUGGUUCAACGAGUCCGAUGAUAAAGAAAACAUCGAAAUCGCGCCGAGAACAAUUUGCGAGCUUGAGUCUUACAUUCGCGCAAAUUUGUCGGAAAUUGUGAAAUCUUGCGAAAUUUGCCACCACGUUAUUUCCAGACCACUCCAUACAGCCAAAUGCAAAAAAUGCAAUAUUUAUAAUCAUCUGCAUUGCUUUAAAAAAGCUCUCGAAAUUGUCGAAAGCGAAGAAGUGGCGUGCCCAUGUUGUAAGGAACCAAUUCAAUCAAAAGAUGUUGAUGAAGACGUGAAAAGAAGAUUGGCUGGCGAAAUGUCCGACAAUGAAAAUGAUGAUUAA